AUGAAUUAAUCAUAAUAAGGCUAAAUAUUCUCAAAGCAACCUCAGGAAGGGCAUUAAUAAGUGUAAGAUUCAUAAAAUCAAAAAAAAGUGAAAAUUGAUUCUUAGAAAUCCUAUUCUGAUCUUAAUGAACCUAUUUACUAAAACAUGAUAAAAAGUUUUACAGAUUUUUUUGAAUAAUUAAGGAAAUAAAUAAAAAUAUUGAUGGAGGAUCCAUGUUUAAAAUAGCAUAAAAUAUUUGAAAUAAUAACACAACUAAAUCAGUCAAUUACAAAAACUGAAUCCUUAUUUAAACAAGAUUAGGAAAAGCUCUAUGCUACAUAAAAAAUAUAUAAUGAUAAUUCUAUCCAAAAUUAAUUAAAAUAAACAAAAUAAUGUUUAGGAGAUGUUGAUGAGCCUCAUUCCAUGGUUCCAAAGUAAGAAUAUUAGAAUUACAAAAAAAAUGAAAAAGAAGUGAAUAAUAAUUAGAUACAUUAGAGAUGCAUCAUAAAUCAUAAAUAUAUUUAAGAUAAUCUCCAGGAAUAUUAAUUAAUAGUUCAAGCAUCGCUUGAAUUGUAGCUAAAAGGUGGACCUAAAUUACUUAAAUGCCUAUGCAAGAAAAAUAAAGAUUUAAGUAUUUCUAAUAGAAAUUUGUUUGAAAUUAUUGAAAAUUAAUAAAUGGAAAUACUUUUUAAAUAAUUGGAAAAAAUUUUUUAAGAUAUUCCAAACAAAAAUGUACUGAAAUGUCCAAAUAACUUAUGUAAUUAUAAGUGUGCAGAGAAUGUUUUAAAAGACUAGAAGAAAUAAAAAUAUUAUUGCCCUUCUUGUAAUGAAAAUUCAAUUGAAUGCAGUUGA